CCGCUCCAAAGUUAAAUAAAAGAAAGAAGGUUUUGGUGUCUUCGCCAUCUGCAUCGGAAAAGUCUCUCUUUCUCCUUCUUUCUCUCGCUAGAUUUUCUCUCUCUUGCUCUGUUUCUCGGUUCCAUCAAUGGCGCCGAGUUUCGGAGGCCUCCAGCUCACGCCGUUUUCAUCCGGCGGCAGGAAGACGUUGCCCGAGGACGAUGCCGGCGACCUAGAGGACGUGCGGCUCCUCGAUGCUUACAAGGAGGACGACUCUGGGUUGGAGGAAGGUAUGAGGGGGAUUCAGGUGAGAGUCACGGGGAUGACCUGCGCUGCUUGCUCCAAUUCCGUGGAGGGAGCUCUCCGGGACGUCAAUGGUGUCCUGAGGGCCUCCGUGGCGCUGCUUCAGAACAGGGCUGACGUGGUUUUUGACCCCAAAUUGGUUGGGGAAGAGGAUAUAAAAAAUGCUAUUGAAGAUGCUGGGUUUGAUGCAGAGAUUGUGAGUGAACCCAGUCGAACGAAGCCACAUGGGACCCUGCUGGGGCAGUUCACGAUAGGAGGUAUGACAUGUGCUGUGUGUGUGAACUCCGUUGAAGGAAUCUUGAGAAAGCUUCCUGGUGUCAAGAGGGCUGUAGUUGCCUUGGCAACUUCAUUAGGUGAAGUUGAGUAUGAUCCUACAAUUAUUAGUAAAGAUGAUAUAGUCAAUGCCAUUGAAGAUGCUGGUUUUGAAGCUUCAUUUGUACAGAGCAGUGAGCAGGAUAAAAUCAUACUAGGGGUUACUGGGAUAUCUAAUGAGAUGGAUGCACUGAUUUUAGAAGGCAUACUCACCAGCAUAAGAGGUGUGAGACAAUUUCUAUUCGACCGGACGUUAGGAGAACUUGAAGUUCUCUUUGAUCCUGAAGUUAUCAGUUCUAGAUCCUUAGUUGAUGGAAUUGAGGGUGGAAGCAAUGCUAAGUUUAAAUUACAUGUCAAGAACCCUUAUACGAGAAUGACUUCUAAAGAUCUAGAAGAAUCCUCAAACAUGUUUCGGCUCUUCACCUCUAGUUUGUUUCUCAGUAUUCCUGUCUUUCUCAUACGAGUUGUUUGCCCUCAUAUACCUCUGGUGGAUUCAUUAUUGCUCUUGCGAUGUGGACCCUUUCUAAUGGGUGAUUGGUUGAAAUGGGCAUUAGUCAGUCUUGUUCAAUUUGUCAUUGGGAAGCGUUUCUAUAUUGCUGCCGGUAGAGCACUUCGAAAUGGUUCAGCGAACAUGGAUGUUUUGGUUGCAUUGGGAACUUCAGCCUCAUACUUUUACUCUGUUUGUGCACUUCUGUAUGGUGCAGUCACUGGGUUUUGGUCUCCAACUUACUUCGAAGCAAGUGCCAUGCUAAUAACAUUUGUAUUAUUGGGGAAAUAUUUGGAAAGUCUUGCUAAGGGGAAGACAUCAGAUGCGAUCAAGAAGUUAGUAGAACUUGCACCAGCAACUGCUCUGUUGCUUGUCAAAGAUAAAGGUGGAAGGUUCAUUGAAGAACGAGAAAUAGAUGCUAUGCUAAUUCAGCCUGGUGACGUAUUGAAAGUUCUUCCUGGUACAAAGGUUCCUGCUGAUGGUAUUGUCAUGUGGGGUUCAAGUUAUGUCAAUGAGAGUAUGGUAACAGGUGAAUCUGCACCUGUUUCGAAGGAAGUCAAUUCACCAGUUAUUGGAGGUACAAUGAAUUUAUAUGGUGCCCUUCACAUACAAGCCACCAAAGUAGGAUCUAACGCAGUUUUGAGCCAGAUAAUUAGUUUGGUUGAGACAGCUCAGAUGUCCAAAGCUCCUAUUCAGAAGUUUGCCGACUUUGUUGCCAGUAUUUUUGUUCCAACAGUUGUUGCUAUGUCGUUGCUGACACUAUUGGGCUGGUAUGUUUCUGGCACUCUUGGUGCUUACCCAAAGCAAUGGCUGCCAGAAAAUGGAAAUUAUUUUGUUUUUGCACUUAUGUUUGCAAUAUCAGUUGUGGUGAUUGCAUGUCCCUGUGCCUUGGGCCUGGCAACACCAACUGCUGUCAUGGUUGCAACAGGGGUUGGGGCUAAUAAUGGUGUGCUGAUAAAAGGAGGAGAUGCUUUGGAAAGGGCUCAGAAGGUUAAGUAUGUGGUAUUUGAUAAAACAGGCACCCUAACUCAGGGAAAAGCUACAGUUACAACUGCAAAAGUUUUCACAGGAAUGGAUCAUGGAGAAUUUCUUACUUUGGUAGCUUCUGCAGAGGCUAGCAGUGAACACCCACUGGCUGUAGCCAUAGUGGAAUAUGCUCGCCAUUUCCAUUUCUUUGAGGAGCCUUCUACAACCAAGGAUGCUCAAGACCACAGCAGAGAGACUAGAUUCUCUGGAUGGCUUCUGGAUGUCUCAGAGUUUUCUGCUUUGCCUGGAAGAGGUGUCCAGUGCUUUAUAAAAGGAAAACGAGUCCUGGUUGGUAAUCGAAAGUUGCUGACUGAAAGUGGGGUCACAAUCCCAACUGAUGUAGAAAAUUUUCUUGUAAAUUUGGAAGAAAGUGCAAAGACAGGUGUACUUGUUGCAUAUGAUGAUACCGCAGUUGGUGUUUUGGGGGUUGCAGAUCCACUAAAGCGAGAAGCUGCUGUGGUUGUGGAAGGCCUUUUGAAAAUGGGUGUCAUACCAGUCAUGGUUACGGGGGACAAUUGGAGGACUGCUCGGGCUGUUGCUAAGGAGGUUGGCAUUCAAGAUGUAAGGGCAGAGGUAAUGCCAGCAGGAAAAGCCGAAGUCAUCCAUUCCUUUCAGAAAGAUGGAAGCAUAGUUGCAAUGGUGGGCGAUGGUAUUAACGACUCUCCUGCCCUGGCUGCUGCAGAUGUUGGUAUGGCAAUAGGAGCAGGGACUGAUAUCGCCAUAGAAGCUGCAGACUAUGUGCUGAUGAGGAGUAACUUAGAAGAUGUAAUCACAGCCAUUGACCUCUCGAGGAAGACCUUCUCCCGCAUCCGGUUGAACUAUGUCUUUGCCAUGGCCUACAAUGUGAUCGCGAUUCCCAUUGCUGCUGGGGUCUUCUUCCCUUGGCUAGGUAUAAAGUUGCCACCAUGGGCUGCUGGCGCAUGCAUGGCUCUCUCAUCUGUAAGUGUUGUGUGCUCUUCUUUGCUUCUAAGGAGAUACAAAAAACCAAGGCUUACAACUAUACUAGAAAUAACUGUAGAGUAGGAAUAAAUGAAAAAAGUGAAGAGAAAAAUUAAAAAAAAAAAAAAGAAGCAAUGUAUCAUAGGAUGGAAAUUGAGAUGGGUGUGAAGAGCUGGUCUCAAUUUUGUGCAAUUUUUUUUUUGUUUUCAUGUGCUGGGGUCUGUAUUUGUACUCACCCAUGCAAUGUAAAUGGCUGCUUCUUCUUUGUUACUUUA